AUGAUUGACAUUGUUCAAACCAUUACAGGUCAAGUGAGGACAAGGAGAAGACUCUGUAAAUUCCUUUUUUUCAUUGACGUUCAACCUUCAUCAAAAGAUGAUCCUUCAGAAAAAUGCCAAAUCCUUUUCAGAACAGACGAUAAUACGUUAGAUGAAGUAUCUUUUCAGGAAGCCUUUCGAACUGCACGACCAGGUUUUGUAGUUUCCGUUCAAGUGGGCUAUCCCUUAGAUCCAAGUGAGAGUUUUGAAAAAGAUUAUCCAGUUUGGCAGUCCAAUCGACCUGUUCAGGUGAUAGAGCCCUAUUUAAAUACUAAACCUUUUGCACAAGAUCCUCCUCUUGGUAGAAGUCUCGAAAAGAAAAAGAAACCAACCGAAUGCUGUUUAGAUGAAAAUAAAACGAUUACAAAACAAGUAUGCAAGUAUUGGAUUAAUAAAAAUAAAUGUCUUCGAGGCGAUGAUUGUCUAUUUCAGCAUCCUACAGGUGAAGCAUUUGAAAGCGCACGCAAAGCAUGGUUACAAGAAAAAGAGAUACAUCGCAAAAUAACUAACUAUGAUCCAAACGAUCCUCAUCAAUCGAAACAACCCCACGGAUUACGUGCGAUUAUAUUUGCAGAUUGGAUUCAAAAGACAUUCAAGCAACAGUUGUCAUCUAAAACAGCAUCAGUGUUAGAUGUAGCAGGUGGUAAAGGAGAGAUUGCAAUGAUUCUAAGCCGUGGGUUCGGUAUCCCUACCACUGUUGUAGAUCCAAACCCAAGAAAACGGCCUCAAUAUUGGUAUACACGUUUACGUCGUCUUAUGUAUUUAAGAUUCGAAAAGAAUACAACAUCAUGCGACAAUGAUAAUAUGGAUUGGAAAAAUGAUAAAGAAGCUCAAAAUAAAUUACAUAGUUGGCCUUAUGAAUUAACACCAGAGUAUCUACAUACUUACCUGAAUGAUGAAUUCAUUAAGGAACAUGAGAAACUAUUGCAAACUACAGGUGUUAUUGUUGGGCUACAUUCAGAUCAAGCCACAAUUCCUAUUGUCGAUCUGGCAUUGAAGCUCAAUAAAGCGUUUGCAGUCGUUCCUUGUUGUGUUUUUAGUCAUGAUAAUCGAACGCGACGUUUAAAGACAGGAGAACUUGUCACGACGACAGAACAACAAAUUCAAUAUAUAUGUGAAAAGGAGACUCAGGGACGUGGAGAGAUUAAAACGGCUUAUUUGGACUUUGAAGGAAAAAAUAAAGUAGUUUAUUGGAUUCCUUCCUACUACUAGUUUCAUU